CCUGUCCUUCUGGUACCUCAGACCAUGUCUACUCACCACCCCAGACAGCUCAGUGUGUUCCCUAGAAGGGCUGUGUUACAACCUCUACAGGUGGUCUCCUCACUACACAAGACACCUGGGAACCCAACCUGGCUCUGGUGCUGUAGAUCCCUCCAUGUGGACAGUCCCCCCCUGAUCCCAGGGCAGAGCGUCAGCUACGUCCACGGGGCCUCCUCAGUGGCCCUGCUGGGCCAGACGGUGGGUCAGAGUCUUCAGGCUGCAGCCGACCGCUGGCCCCACAGAGAGGCCCUGGUCUUCCUGCAGGAUGGAGUCCGUAAGACCUUCUCCCAGUUUCAGGAGGACGUUGACCAGGCUGCUGCAGGUCUCCUGGCCCUGGGUCUGAAGAGAGGGGACAGACUAGGAGUCUGGGGGCCCAACACAUACCACUGGAUCCUGUUUCAGUUUGCCACAGCCAAGGCUGGCAUCAUACUGGUGUCAAUAAACCCAGCCUAUCAGCUGAAGGAGCUGGAGUACACCCUGGGGAAGGUGCAGUGUAAAGCUGUGGUGUGUCCCACCCAGUUUAAGACCCAGAGGUUCUGUGACACGCUGAGACAGAUCUGCCCAGAGAUGGACACAGCGGAGUCAGGAGUCUUUAGGAGCUCCAGGACAUAUACACGGCACCCACAAUUCCCCUCCCCCAUGACAAUCACACAGACACACCCAACCCAUGGUUGGACCUCAGGACAAAGAACUCUCAGGAACCAAUGGAACGUGGACACCAGGCCUGAUCAGGACUACCCAAGACCCAGAUCGACCAAUCGGAAGGCCGGACUCGCAGAUCUACCUACUUUGCUUGUUGUCUAUAUAGUACUGAACAAUUCUGGAAACUCCCUCUUUUCCGGAUGAUUCACUAGGAGUCAGACUGAAAGAGCCUUGCUGCAAGAUUUUACUAAGAUAUCUUUACAUGUAAUUAAACUGCCUUAUUAUAAAAUUA